GAUAAUCAGGUCUGAACGUAUAGAUUUUUCAAAUAAAGUGGCUCUAAAUGAUCGCACUUUUCUUAUCACAUAACUUCAUCGCAGUGUCGAAAAGUGUCAACACUGCGCAAGACGACAUGGAGCUCUCCGCUCUGCGGAGCCUGGCGUCGGCCUUCUCACCCAGCUCGUCCGUGUCCUCCUCCAGCAGCCGCGAGAGUCGCACUAGUCGCCACCGUCGUGAUCACCGGCACGGAUCUCGUCACGCAACUGAAGACAACGUGGAGGACGAACGCGACGACGCGUAUCAUCGCCACCGCAAAAAUAGACGGCGAAGCUUUGAGCAGCAGCACCACCGGCACCGCCACCACACAGGCUCGAGCCUCACGGACAAGAGCAUGAGCUCUUCUCACCGCAGCAGGAAGGAAAGUGACGAGGAGUCACUAGCCAGCACGUGCGACGAACGACCGCGACUUAAUUUGCCACUUGAUAAGGAAUUUCUACCAUUAGAGAGCCCCACGCAGGACGAAAAGGAGCAGGAACAAGUGCGCGACCAAGUCAUCUGCAUGAUCUUCGACUUGCCCGAGUCCACGCAGUUCUACCAAGGUAGGUUAGUCACAGAAAGUGAAGGCUCUGAAGCGGCUGCAGUUGGACUGCAACUGCGUGGUGGACAGACGUGCUAACGGGGUGUCGCUGCUUGUUGCUAUCGCAGACUUUUCGUGUGCCAUCGCAUCUACGCUGGCUAUGCACGGACGAAUGUAUCCGACGAGCUCGCAUGUGUGCUUCUACUCGAACGUGUUUGGCCGCGAGAGAAAGAUUCUGAUCCCGUACGAGUCCAUUCGCGAAAUUGAAAAGACGACGACGAUGAUGUUUCAACAUGCGAUCCGCCUCGCCACGUUUGAUAAGGACGAGUACACGUUCACGAGCUUUUGGGGCAACAACCGCGAUACCUGCUAUGAUCUUAUUGUUAAGACACGUGACCGAGUGCUGCGUGAACUACGCCCCACUGCAGUAAACUCGUCGGAAUCGCAUUACCCGGCGCUGCCGACGUCUCCUGUCUCUGGAGAAUCACAGUCACCCGUUGCGUCACCUCCACCUUCACAAGGCAGCAAAACAGAAGAAGAGGAAGAAGAGGGCGAGAAGGAAGAAGCUGCCGUUUCUGACCAUGACGACGCUGUAGUUGCUGAUAAUGAUAAUGCCGAUGCAGAAGAUGAAGAGACCGACGCUGAUGACCAGACAGCUCCUGUAACUCCGCGCCGACGCAGUGUGGUCUCGGAUGUGGAUACGAUCGCACCGAAGGAUAUUUCGAUGACACAGAUUCUUGAGGAGGUCUUCCCUGUAUCGGUUGACACUUUCAUGGAGCUCUUUUAUCUGGACAACGCACCGUUUGGACUGGACAAGUUCAAUGAACAGACUGGGUCAACUGAAAUGUCGAUAAACCCGUGGAUGACUCCGUUAGAAGACGAGAAGUCUUUUGGCAUGACGCGUUCGCUGCAAUUCCGAGUGCCUGUCGAUGCUCCCAUCGGCCCAAAAUCGUCACAGGUUGAUGUGCUUCAGUGCCUGAAAGAAAAUGAUCAUGGCGUGCGGGUCGUCGAGAGCUCGACCCGUCUUGUGGAUAUCCCUUACGGUGACUAUUUCAGCGUGGAGGAUCGAUGGACUAUCGUGCCACGGUCAUCAAACCCCAACGCCUGCAAAGUAUUUAUUGAGUUGAAGGUGGUUUUUGGUAAAUCCACGUUUUGGAAGAAAACAAUCGAGACUCGUGCCAUCAGUGACAACCGAGCUAAGUGGGAGAAAUGGGUUAGGAUGGCCAAGGAGUUCCUUGACACAAGAGGAGUCAAUGAAGAAGCUCCGGAGAGCCCUCCUACAUCAAGCAGUUCUUCCGAGAUUGUGCAAGACGCUGUCAGAAAGGAUCGUGGACCGAUAAUGAGACGUCGAAGCCGAAGCCGAAGCCGAAGCCGAAGCAAGCCAAGCCACCGACACCGAAGCUCCACCGCCGUUGUGAUGCCAGCUGGAGGAGUCCGCACAGCUCCAGUUAAAGUGUUUCCGUGGGUUUUGGUCUUGCUUCUGGUGUUUGUCAUCUUGCGUCUGCAAAUGACGCUGUCAAGAAUCGAGCAGUCCUUGCUGGUGAACACUGAGUUGGUGGGCGAUCUCCAGAGAAAGAUUGCUGACCUUCAGCCUGGAGCUUGUCCGGUGACAUCGUAGCUUUUGCUUCACCAUUCCGCCAUUAUUUUACACUUUAAACUAGAAACUGAGACUUUUACGGUUUUGUUUAUUGAUCUGACGUUUUAACUGUGGCAGUAGUGUCAAACCACAUCGUGUGAAAGUUGACACGCUUCUGCAAUUCUUGAAGCAACCGGAUAGCGUGGAGGUCUGUAUUGCGCUGCAUCGAGCGGCGAAUUGAAGCGGCCUUGGUAUUUUGAUUCUGCUGCCCCUGCAUGAUAACUUUUGCUUUGGUCAUUUGCUGUUGACUGGCGAGAAUUUCUUGACGCGUCGAGCGCAACACACUGUGCAGUGCUCGAAGGUGGGAAUGUUCGAGCGGAUUGCGCAUCACAUAUACGUCUGGCGGUAAAUUUGCGACCAUCCUGCUCAACUCGUACAGCACUAAUUCGCGAGAUUUCACGUUUAGAUCCACCAGCGAAAACGUUGGGCGAAUGGCAAAAGCUGCGGAAGUGGGUAUCCCGAAACUCGGCUUUGCAAACAAAGAGCUCAGAUUUGAUCCGGAUGAGAUGAACAGCAAUCGCUCUUGGUCUGAAUAGUAAGUCAGUUAGAUGAAUGACAGUAUCAGGAUUUACUAGCAAGACAAGCACACAUACCUUUGGUCCAAACACCGUCAUUGCAUUUCGUUGGUGUCUCGCGACCGAUACUUAACACGUCGCCGGGA